GCCAUUUACUAUUCUAGGUCUUUAGCUUCAAAUAUUUUCACUCCCAGCAUUCAAGGAUUCUUCGUUUUUCAGAUAUCGAGAUGAUCUCAGCAGAUGUUCUCGUUGUCGGAUCUGGCCCGGUUGGCCUCUGGGUUGCGUUUGAAUUACGUCGUGCAGGCGUAGAUGUUCUGGUGGUCGAUUCCAUCAGCGCAAGAGAUUCGAGAAACAAAGCAUCCAAAGCACUCGUUACAUCUGCAUCAACCUUAGAGAUUUUCCACUUACGCAACGUGGUCGACCAGUUCCUAAAUCAGGGUAUAGUGCAGUCUGCUACGCAUUUUGCAGGACUUGACACCUUGCUCAAAUUGAACGAGAAUGUGCUUGGGACGAAAUACAGCCAUGGCCUCAUUAUCCCGCAGAGUCGCAUCGAGAACAUUCUUUUGGAUCUUUGUGAGACCGCUGGAGUGAGGUUUGAGUGGGGAUUGGAAUUUUGCGGUAUCGAACAAACCCCCGAUGAAGUUGUUGCUACGGCGGACAGGAAAGCAGUGGUUACGGAUGAUCAGUCUAGCACAGUCAGAAUUCGUGCCUCUUGGCUGGUGGGCUGCGACGGAACUCACAGCAAGGUGCGUCAAGCAUCGGGAAUAGCCUUCGAAGGAACCCCUAGCCUUUUUACUGGCAUGCUGGCGGAUGUUCGUAUCACCCAGCCAGUACCGUUGGGAUACAAAAUGUCGGCUAGUCAUUCUGGGGGUGCGAUGGUCGUCCCUCUAGGUGAUGGGAUACAUCACAGGGUGAUUGGUAUCUUGAAGGGCUCACGAGAGAAGCCGCCUUCCGAGCCCUUAUCUAUGAACGAGAUUCUCGAGUGUCUGAGAGAUACAUUUGGAUCAGAUAUCGGCGCUCAUAGUCCAAUAUGGCUCUCACGCUUUGGUAGUGCUUGCCGUACCGCGCAAUCAUUUCGAGACCGGAGAGUCUUUUUAGCAGGUGAUGCUGCCCACCAGUUGUUUCCUGCUGGCGGCCAAGGAUUAAACAUUGGCUUCCAAGACGCAACUAAUCUAGCAUGGAAACUUUCUUGGGCUUUGAAAGGCGAUCUCAAGUCUCUUGCCUCGUAUGAGCGAGUGCUUACUUCAUACUCUGAUGAGCGACGAACAGUUGUUCUCGACACCUUGAGCAACAUCCAAGCACAGGCGCUUCUUGUCUCCGCUGACUCCGAGCCAGUGUAUGCCAUGCGCAAGGUUUUUGCGGAGGCGAUCAGGGAAAGUGAACAGUUGAACACACUCUGGGCUCGCAGAAUAUCAGGCUUCGGUGAACCUAGUGAGCCAUUCACUAAAACCGGGAACACCUCUUCGAAUGAGCUCAUCGGCACACGGCUCUCACAUCUCAUCCUUAAGGAUAACCCGGAAAUAAAAGCCCAGGCGUUCCAUCAAUUACUAUCCGCAAUACUACAGCACAGAUUUGUACUCAUCCUGCGCAGUGAGAAUGAGUCCCAGGGUACUCCCGAUACAGCAACAAAGGCAAAACAAGCUCUUCGAAAAAUGGUUGAUAGUAAAUGGGAAAAAUACACCACCGUAGUUGAGUGUGCUACCCAAGCAUCGCAUGCUAAAUGGGUUGGGAUCCUGGCUGUGCUGAUCCGCCCUGACUCCUAUAUCGCAUGGGUAGGCUCUACCAGUCAGGCUGAGGAUGAGCUUCUGGGAUCCCUGGAGAUGGAGUUAAAGUGGUGGUGUGGUUCUCAUUCUUAACUUCUACAGUAUCGCUUUCUGUAACUAACUGUAUAACGCAAUUUCCCGGCAUAGACGAGGUAACCACAGCAGGGUGUUUGAUGGCGUAGUCUUAUUAUGCUUAGAACAAAGCCUGAGAGGAUAGAUCAUGAGGCUUUAUUAGGCGCUUGGUAAAGAGGGAAAGGAGGUUUUAUGGUAGGC